GCUUGUGCUGGGCCUGGGGCCCCAGCUGUGCUCAGACAUCACCUAGAGUGCAGCCUCCAGCUCUGGCCACGCUGCAGGAAUGGCAGCUCUCGUGCUCCUGUCCAUCGUGGCCUGCCUCCUUGUGGGGAACAUGGGAAAGAUCUUCCGGCGCUGCGAGCUGGCCCAGGUGCUGCACCAGGCAGGGAUGGAUGGGUUCCGAGGCUACAGCCUGGCUGAUUGGCUGUGCAUGGCGUUCCAUGAAAGCCGGUUCAACACGGACACCGUGGAUCAUGAAGCUGAUGGCAGCACUGACAACGGCAUCUUCCAGAUCAACAGCCGCCAGUGGUGUGAUGACUAUAAGCGCUCCGCCCGGAACCUCUGUCACAUGCACUGCAGUGAUUUGCUGACCAGUAACAUCAACGAUGACAUCGUGUGUGCCAUGCAGAUUGUGCAACAGCCAAGGGGAAUGGGGGCCUGGCUGGCCUGGAGGAAACACUGUGAGGGCCAUGACCUCUCACAGUGGGUGGAAGGAUGCAAUGUGGGAAGUAGAUGAAGGAGCACCUUGGGAUGCCCUGGACCUGCUAGAUGGGGUGUACUGCAGUCACAUUAGGCCCCUGCAGAUUUAGCACCUCAUUGAAAUCCUCUGUGAGCAACUGCUUCUCCUUCUUAACUAGCUCCAAAGUGGGUCUUUAAUUGUGGGGGAGUGUUGUUCCCCCUUGUGGGAUUGCACCUUAGGGUGCUGGGAGCAGGUUUUCCUGAAUAAAGCUA